UUCCAACGGGCUACUGAGCUCUAAACCUUUGGCAACAACCUAAAACACAGAAAAAAAAAAAAUUCUCGCUUCAGAACCAGAGGCAGCAAUGGCUGAUCGAUUCUUUCCCAACGCAAUGCCAAGCUUUGUAACAGAAGAUAUACAAGAAGAAGAUAAAGUAACCGAUGAGAAUUCUCUCAUGAAGCUUCUCUCAAUGCCCUACACUUCACUUUCCAAGCAGUUUCAACGUUCUGGUUUGGAUCUUAAAGAAACAAUAGUGAUGGAGACAUGGGGGUUAGGCGGGCAAGUUGUGCAUGAUUUUACUCUUUACAGUGGAAAUCUUGGCACUGCUUUGUUGCUUUAUAAGAGCUAUCAAGUUACUAGUAAUGAAAAUGAUCUCUUUCUCUGUUUGGAGAUUGUUAAGGCUUGUGAUUCUGCUUCUCGGGCUUCAAGGGAUGUGACAUUUAUAUGUGGGCGAGCUGGUGUUUGUGCACUUGGGGCUGUAGCUGCAAAGCACGCUAAUGAUGAAGCAUUACAGAGUUACUAUCUGAGUCAAUUAGGAGAGAUUAAGCUGUUGAGAAAUCACCCUGAUGAGUUGUUAUAUGGAAGAAGUGGAUUCUUAUGGGCUUGUUUGUUCCUAAAUAAACACAUGGGGCAGGGGACUGUCCCUGAUACGACCAUUCGUGCUGUUGCAAAUGAAAUUAUAAAAAAUGGAAGAGCAUUGGCGAAGAAAGGAGGUUCCCCGUUAAUGUAUGAAUGGUAUGGUGAGAGGUAUUGGGGUGCUGCCCAUGGAUUGGCAGGUAUUAUGAAUGUUUUAUUGGAUGUAGAUCUGAAACCUGAUGACUUUGAGGAUGUCAAGGGCACCCUUAAAUACAUGAUCAAUAACUGCUUUCCCAGCGGCAACUACUCUACAAGUGAAGAAGAUCGCAAGAGGGAUGUUCUUGUGCAUUGGUGUCAUGGAGCACCUGGAAUUGCUCUUACACUUGUCAAGGCAGUUAAGGUUUUUGGAGAUAAAGAGUUUCUGGAAGCAGCUAUAAAUGCUGCAGAGGUAGUGUGGAACCGUGGGCUGCUCAAGCGAGUUGGAAUUUGCCAUGACAUCAGUGGGAAUGCAUAUGUGUUUCUCUCACUGUACCAGCUAACAGGCAACAUAGAAUUCUUAUACAAGGCCAAAGCGUUUACUUGCUUUCUGCUGGAUAGAGCUCACAAACUUAUAUCGGCAGGAGAGAUGCAUGGAGGUGAUAGCCCCUACUCAAUGUUUGAAGGAACGGGAGGUAUGGCGUAUCUUUUUCUAGAUAUGAUCGACCCAUCCAAGGCUAGAUUCCCUGCUUAUGAACUCUAAAAUCUUUUUAUGAAUAUUAGGUCACAGUAGUUGAGUUGAAUACUAGGGUUGCUCAGUGCUGUCAUUUUGAGUUGUAUAUGAAAAUGCAAUGAUAGAAGUCCACCUUCAGCCUCGACAAUCAUGCAUUAUUUUACAGUAGACUAUGGUAUUACUAGCGUGGGGUUUGAUCUCCCAUCAGGCAAAGAUACACUUUUGCUUUACAUAAUGGCGGGUGAUCAGAUGAUAUUAAUAACAGAUUCUCGAAUUACA